AUGCACUUGUCCGGCACAUGGUCUAUCCUUAAUGGCCUCAUCGCAGCACUUCUCUUCUCGACUUUAACGCCUGCGAUAGAAUUAGACAUCAACGAUGAACAAUCAAUCAAAGAUGCCGCAAGUACGACCACUUACGGCAUGAUGAAAUGGUAUGCGGGCAACGAGACUGGACAGAUUCCUGGCUCCUUUCCUGAAAAAUGGUGGGAAGGCUCUGCUCUUUUCCUCGCACUGCUGCAAUACUGGCAUUUUACGGGCGACGAUACCUACAACCCCCAGCUGAGCCAAGGAUUGGAGUGGCAAUCGGGUGACAAGGGCGACUACAUGCCCAGCAACUACAGUAGUUACUUGGGUAAUGACGACCAAAUGUUCUGGGGCCUCGCAGCUAUGAUGGCCGCCGAGCUCAAGUUCCCUGAUACAGGGAAGUUCUCGUGGCUUUCACUCGCACAGGGUGUGUUCAACACCCAAACUGCCAGAUGGGAUACAACAGCAUGUGGUGGUGGUCUGCGUUGGCAGAUCUUCCCCUACCAGGAUGGGUACACUCUGAAGAACUCGGUCUCGAACGGCGGACUCUUCCAAUUAUCUGCGCGCCUCGCCCGCUACACGAAUGACGACAAAUACACAAAAUGGGCCGAGAAAAUCUGGGACUGGUCUACUUCAUCCGUGCUGGUGAACAACAAGACGUGGAAUGUUGCCGACUCUACAGAGAUGAGCAACAACUGUGCCGAUGCUGGUAACUACCAAUGGUCCUACAACUACGGCGCAUACCUGAUGGGCGCCGCGUACAUGUACAACUUUACAAACGGUGACGAAAAGUGGAAAACACCCGUCGACGGCCUCCUACAAAAAACCCUGAAAACAUUCUUCCCCAAGGGCAUUUUCGAAGACAUAACCUGCGAACCAACCAAAAAGUGCAACUUUAACGAGAUCCUCUUCAAAGGCCUCACCUCCUCCUGGCUCGCAUUCACCACCCUCCUAGUCCCCGAAACAGCAGCAUUGAUCAAACCCAAACUCGCCAGCUCCGCCGAAGCCGCCGCAAAGUCCUGCACUGGAAACGGCAACAGCUCCUGCGGCAUCACAUGGUACCAGAACAAGUGGGACGGGACAACGGGCAUGGAGCAAGAGAUUAGUGCGACGAACGUCUUCCUUGCGAAUAUGAUCAACUUUGACACCGGCACGUUUGCACCGGUUACGGCCAAGACUGGUGGAAAUAGUACCAGUGAUCCUAAUGCGGGCAGUGGGAAUGGAAAGGAUGGUGAUGAUGCCAGGGAGAAGCCUAUUACGACUGGUGACAAGGCUGGUGCUGGGAUUUUGACCUUGUUAUUUGUUGCUGGUUGGGCGGCGGCUAUGGCUUGGAUGGUGAUUGGUGCUUGA